AUGUUACCGCUUACGCCUGUCAAACCGCUUAUAGAAACUGCCUUCUAUGAGGCCUGUUCGGCUGGUACAUUAGAAGAAGUUAUCCAAUAUGUGGAACAUCAAGGUUGUACACCAGAAGCGCUUCGGCAUGGCCUAAUCAAGUCCGCCAAAAACGGUCAGCUGGCGAUUGUUAGGUACCUCCUCGACAAGGGUGCGAAGAUUGAUCAAGUUGUCACGAUGAAGGCUGCAGAGGGACGAUGUCUCGAAGUCUUCCAGGCAUUGUGCGACCAUGGAUGGGACGUGAAUGAGCCAACUUUGUUUGGCAAAAAUAUCCUGACUCUCGCCAUUGAUGAUGAGAAACUGAUUCGAUGGCUCCUUGACAUGGGUGCUAACCCCAAUCAUGGAGCUGCUCUUUUCAGCUCAGGGGUUAGCAGAGAAACUGAUGCCAAGUCGGGCGAGGUGCUGAACGCAGCUGCUGAAGGGGCCUCUGUGGCAGUGCUAAAUCUACUUCUAGAACGGGGUGCCCAGCUAGAAAGAAGCUAUCCUCUCCAUUUCGCCGCUAAACGUGGACGAGUUGAUGUGAUUCAGCGUCUAUUAGAGCUGCACGUGGAUAUCAACGGCUUUGAUGAGCUACGUGGACCCUAUAAGAUUGGUACUCCUUUGCACUAUGCCGCCAGAUUCUGUCAUGCUGAGACAGUACAGUAUCUGUUGGAUAAAGGCGCCGAUCCAAACAAAGCUGGCCUAGAGAGUCUUUUGCGGGAGGCAGAACCCUCUGUGGAGAUAACUGAGAUUAUCAAGAACUGGAUAACACAAGGAUAGCUAUACAAACUACCAACAAACAGGCCACAUAUUGCUCUAGGAUCAACGUGCUACCCUCGGAAGUUUGGAUCAAGCGUGCAAAUCAAUAAUUGAAGACUCUGCUGGGAGUGUCUUUAUUAUGCCGUAUAUUCGCUAGCUAGGAUUUCUAUUGUUCUAGUGUCGCCACUUGCCCACGUAUAAUUAUGGAGUCUUUGGUGAUAAAUUCAUGUCCACGCGAUUAAGCC